CGCCUGGUAGUGGGGAGGGGGCGGGGGAAGAGACGGACGGACGGCGGCAGCGGGCAGCAGUCGCCGCAGGAGCCGGUGUUAGAGGCAGUUGGGGGAUCCCGUGGUCUCCGGAGGGCUCGUCGGCUGCCUCGCCGCCCCCGCCUUGCCGGAAAGCGGAGCGCGGAGGCUGCGGGAGCCGGGCUGGGAAGAUGCCCCUGGCGCAGCUGGCGGACCCUUGGCAGAAGAUGGCUGUGGAGAACACAGCCGAGAGCAGCAGUGAGAAUGGACAACAAAUUGUGGAUGAACCUAUGGGAGAAGAUGAUAUCAAUCCACAAACUGAAGAAGGAAAUAUCAAAGAAAUUGCAAUAACUCACCAUGUAAAAGAGGGACAUGAGAAAGCAGACCCUUCACAGUUUGAACUUCUGAAAGUACUAGGACAAGGAUCCUUCGGAAAGGUCUUUCUUGUCAAAAAAAUCUCAGGAUCAGAUGCUAGACAGCUUUAUGCAAUGAAGGUAUUGAAAAAGGCCACCUUGAAAGUUCGAGAUCGGGUUCGGACAAAAAUGGAACGUGAUAUCCUAGUAGAAGUUAACCAUCCUUUUAUUGUCAAGCUACAUUAUGGUGACUUUCAAACAGAAGGGAAGCUAUAUCUUAUCUUGGAUUUUCUCAGGGGAGGAGACUUGUUUACACGUUUAUCCAAAGAGGUGAUGUUCACAGAAGAUGAUGUAAAGUUCUACCUGGCAGAAUUAGCACUUGCUUUAGACCAUCUCCAUAGUCUUGGAAUAAUAUACCGGGACCUAAAACCAGAAAACAUCCUGCUUGAUGAGGAAGGACAUAUCAAAUUGACAGAUUUUGGCUUAAGUAAGGAGUCAAUUGAUCAUGAAAAAAAAGCCUACUCAUUCUGUGGAACCGUGGAAUAUAUGGCACCAGAAGUCGUUAACAGACGAGGCCAUACACAGAGUGCAGACUGGUGGUCUUUUGGUGUUUUAAUGUUUGAAAUGCUCACUGGUACUCUACCUUUCCAAGGGAAAGACAGAAAAGAAACCAUGACUAUGAUUCUCAAGGCCAAGCUUGGAAUGCCUCAGUUCUUGAGUCCUGAAGCACAGAGCCUUCUGCGAAUGCUCUUCAAAAGAAACCCAGCAAAUAGAUUAGGAGCAGGUCCAGAUGGAGUUGAAGAAAUUAAGAGACAUGCAUUCUUUUCCAAAAUAGAUUGGAAUAAAUUAUACAGGAGAGAAAUUCAUCCUCCUUUUAAACCUGCAACUGGCAGACCUGAAGAUACGUUUUAUUUUGAUCCUGAGUUUACAGCAAAAACUCCAAAAGAUUCUCCUGGUAUCCCACCUAGUGCUAAUGCACAUCAACUUUUUCGGGGAUUUAGUUUUGUAGCUAUUGCAUCAGAUGAUGAAAGCCAAGCAAUGCAGACUGUUGGAGUGCAUUCAAUUGUCCAGCAGUUGCACAGGAACAGCAUUCAGUUUACUGAUGGAUAUGAAGUAAAGGAAGAUAUUGGAGUCGGGUCUUACUCAAUCUGCAAGAGGUGCAUUCAUAAAGCUUCAAACAUGGAAUAUGCUGUAAAGAUUAUUGACAAGAGUAAAAGAGAUCCAACAGAGGAGAUUGAAAUCCUGCUACGCUAUGGACAGCACCCAAAUAUUAUUACUCUAAAAGAUGUGUAUGACGAUGGAAAAUAUGUAUACGUAGUAACAGAGCUCAUGAAAGGAGGAGAACUGCUGGAUAAAAUUCUUAGGCAAAAGUUUUUCUCAGAACGAGAAGCUAGUGCUGUUCUGUUCACAAUAACAAAAACAGUCGAAUAUCUCCAUGCACAAGGGGUUGUCCAUAGAGACCUGAAGCCUAGCAAUAUUCUUUAUGUUGAUGAAUCUGGUAAUCCAGAAUCAAUUCGAAUUUGCGAUUUUGGCUUUGCAAAGCAACUACGAGCAGAAAAUGGUCUUCUGAUGACUCCAUGUUACACUGCAAAUUUUGUUGCACCAGAGGUUUUAAAGAGACAAGGUUAUGAUGCUGCAUGUGACAUAUGGAGCCUUGGUGUUCUACUUUAUACCAUGCUUACUGGCUACACUCCUUUCGCAAAUGGUCCUGAUGAUACCCCAGAGGAGAUCUUGGCCCGAAUAGGUAGUGGAAAGUUCUCUCUCAGCGGUGGUUAUUGGAAUACUGUUUCAGAUACAGCUAAGGACCUUGUUUCAAAAAUGCUUCAUGUUGACCCACAUCAAAGAUUGACUGCAGCCCAAGUUCUUAGUCACCCCUGGAUAGUUCACUGUGACCAGUUGCCUCAAUACCAGCUGAACAGGCAGGACGCGCCCCAUUUAGUGAAAGGAGCAAUGGCAGCAACUUACUCCGCUUUGAAUCGUAAUCAGUCACCGGUUUUGGAGCCAGUCGGCCGUUCUACUCUUGCUCAGAGGAGAGGUAUAAAAAAAAUUACCUCAACAGCCCUGUGAAGUGACCUCAACCAGAUAUUUGGUACCAUGGCAUAAGAUGAUAGCACAAAUCAUGGCGACAGGUAGCACAUAUCUGACAGAUACCUGCAAGCACACUCUGUCCCAGCUGGUACCUAUAAUGCUGCUGCUCCUGCUGCUGCUACUGCUUUCAUCUAUCCUCGCUUUAAACUGUUGAUGGCAAGUUACUGAUCUUACUGGAGCUUCAAAAGGAGUGACAAGUGGAAACACAAAGAAAACGGUCAUGUUUGCGAUUGAAUAAACCAGAAGAAUUACGAAUGCCACCUCUGUCAAAAAUACACUGAAUAAAGCACUCUGCACCACAUAGCAUUAUUUUUAUAAGGAAUAUUUUUUUGUCCCCUAAAAUAUUCUUUGUUACAGGUAGAGAUGGACAGUUUAUGUUAAGCACUUAGCUUAAACAAUCUGUUUAUAUUAGCACUAUAUACUUUGUGCCAUCCAACAUUUUGUAUGUUUUUGUAAACAGUUCACAAGCAGUACAUUUCUGUGCUGUUUUCUUUAAUGUAUACAUGCCUUGUUUUACUUAGAUAUUAUUAAUCAUUUUGACAAUUAAGUCUGAUUAAACAGUUCACCUGGGUUAAUCAGUAUUGUUGGACAGCUCUAAAAGAAGCCUGACUGUUAAACAGCUAUUGAAUGUAAUACUAUAUGUAUUUCUCCUUGCCUGUGUCUUUUCUACAUUUCCAUGUCUUUGACGCCGCAUGUCAUGUUAUGAAAAUCAGGAUACUGUUUAUAGUAUUCAAAAUGUAAACAGUGGAUGUCUCACCAUACCACAUACACGAUAGGUAAUAUCCCCAGAGAAAAGAUAACUCGCUUCAUAUCUCACUCGGUUCCCCCUCUCCUCCCUUUUAUUUUCUCCCAUCUAAUCUCUGGACUCAGGAAUCCUUGCUAAAUAGUUUCUGAUAGAGGACAUUUCUAUAUUGUUUAUUCUUAUAAUCAUUUGUUAAUAUUUUAUCUCUAUUCUGUGACUUUUGUUUAAGCUGCAAAGGAUUUGUUCAGUGAAUGUUGGCAUUAUAGAAGAAAGGCAACGUUGAAGAUAAAGCAAAGCAUAUUGCUUUAUCAGGAUAAUAAUAAUCAGAAUAAUCUAAUAAUCAGAAGUCUGCAAGAAGUAGGUUUAAACUGGAUUCAUUGCAGUUGCAAAACUGAUGGAUCUAAUGUUCUGUCAUUUUUUGUCUGAUCAUUUUCACUGACAUCCAAAGCAAAAUGAGAGAAGAGUCAUCCUGAUCUGUCAGGGGUUAGAAAAGGGUCAUUAUUGCUUACCAUGAAAAUCGUGUUGUCCCAGUCACGUAAGUUAAUGCCGUUCAGAGUGAGUGCUCUCAAUUUUCCCCAGGUUGAAGCAAGUUUGUAAUGAGAGUUAAAGGCUCAUUUUAAAUACUUGUACAAACUUUUGCUACUCUCGACUUCUCAGUAUCUUAAGUAAUUAAAGGAACAUCUUGAUGGCUAGCCUUGGAAGACCAAAUUGCCCACAUGAGAAAGUGCACCAGAAUGUGUUUGAAUUCAGUGAGUGUCCCAUUCCACUGAAACGAUAUGCUGUGUCAACUUAUUCCAGAUAUUAAAAUGGCUACUGGGAGCUCUGGCUGCUAUAAACAUGGAUCUGGGUGAACAGGCCUGUGUGAGCAAUACAAUUUAAAAACUAGAAGGUGCAAUUUUGUGUUUUGCAUAAGAAGGUGUUUUAUUGAGUUAGUGAUAUUAAAUUUCUUUUACGCUGAUUAAUUUGCUAGUUUCCCUGAAGUCAUCAGACAUUUGUUGAAAGGGAGAGUUACCUUUGUGACACCACAGCUUUCUUCCAAAUAAAAGUGAGAGUGUUCCUUCUGCCACAAGUUUUUCCGCAUUCCUUGAGAAAGCUUCCUUUGUUAGACCCUGUGAAGGAUCCCACUUUUAUUGCCCUUAAAAAUCCGUUAGAUAUUUCAUCCAUCAUAUAACUGUGAAGGAAUUGGUUUUGUGAACAAGGAUUCUUAAAUUACCAUAGCCCUAGGAAGUGUGAACACACAGCUCUUCCAAGCAAUCUGCAUUUUUCCCUUACUUGGUGCUCUAGCAUUGAAGUUCCCCUUAGCUCUACAGGAUGCAUCUACCCUUCCUUCAAAGCAGCAUCUUUCACUAGAACCAGUUUCUGCAGUUCCAGAGGAAUGUAGUAAAACAUUACCUUUCAGAACAUGUAUUUUCAGCUCUAGGAGCGAUCGCACGCCAGGCUCAUCAACAUCUAGAAACCACUGUACCUUCUGGAGUGGCUCUUACAUGUGCUCAGCUGAAGAUCAUCACCUCCAGUCAACUCAAAAGACUUAAAACUGAUACUGUUGAUGUAAAGGGGUGAUGACAGUACUCAAUACUGUGUCAAUAGCAGCAUUUCAGUUCAGGAAGGAAUUUCUCCUGUGUUCUCAGCGUGUAUAUAUACAUACCUACCAACAACCAGACGAAAAGAAGGAAGCCUUAAGCCACUUCACUGUUGGCAAUAUCCAUGUUAAAAUAAAAGUUCUCUCAGUUUUAUUUUAACCAUGUUUUGUGGCCCUCAAGCUCGCUGGUCAUUAGACAAAGUUAACUCCUACAUUUUACAUGUGCAUUCUCAAGAAAGCUGUUAACAUAGUCUAGACUAUAUAGAUGUUGCUACUCUGUCAUGUGUAGCAGCCCAGGAUUAACACUUUAAAUGCUAAUAAAACAGGACAGUUUAGCAAAUGCCAACUCUAAUGUGUUGAAGUCUCGAUCCACCGUGGUUUUAAGUUAUUUUCUAAACCCAAGGUAUAAAUGACCCAUCUAUGCAGGAGGUAUAUUUUACAGGUUACACUUCCAUGGGUUUAUGUACCUUGCCUCCUCUUUGGAUCCAUGUUCACAACUUUCACAUUUAAGUUUUUGUAGCUGCAGUUGUUAGACGCUCUAAAGAAAUCCACACAAUGCUUCUUUGAAUCCCAGCACCUUUCCAUUAGAAUGUGAGUGUAAAUGGCACACUGUGUGAAUUCAUUGCUGGAUUGCUUCUUGGUCUCUAAAACGUAGCAAGUGACUCUAGGCACGAAGAAUAAAAAGAGGAGAGUGUGCAGAUACAGGUGAAUUUUCUAUAUGUAGGCCAUGGUUUAGUGUUAAAAUUGCCACUCACUGCUCUCGAGAGUGUGAGGGACCAGAGGGAAAAGCGUAGUUGCAAUACUCAAUAAAUGCCAUCUUUAUCCAGCAAGAGCAACAUUCUUUCUUCAUAAUCACUAUGACAUUGAAUGAAACUUCAUAAGGAGUUUUUCAAGAGAAUAUGUAAAACUUUUUUUCUAAAGAGACAAGGGCAUAAGAAAAUAGAUUUCCGUGUCUGGGAUUUUGUGUGUGUGUGUGUGUGUGUUUUGCUUUUGUAAAUGUGGUAUACCAACUCAAGCUGUGCUUUUCUGUUAUUGGAAGGGAAAGAUUCAAAAUAUACUGGUCUUUAGUAAGCAGCAGUGGUUAACAGAUGAAUUUUCACGUAUGAAAAUGAUGUAAAUGAUUAGCUUUAUCUUGAUACUCUUGACCUAAUCAAAGGGAAGGUGUACUUAUGAGGGAUGUAAUUAUUUUGCAACCUAGUUGGGGGUGGGAGGGGAAGUCGACUUAAAAUGUUUUUAAAAAAUGACAAAAUCACAGAUAAAAUAUUUUUCUACAAUUCUAUACAAUCAUACUUUAUACUAGUUUUCUCAGCAUGGCAUGUAAGUGAGUCUAAGGUACUGUUCCAAGAAAUCAGUGGUAUUGUACCUUGUUCUAGGCCAUUACAAUAGCAUCUGUUAGAUGCUUGGCAUUGCUGUCAUAGAACUGAAAUGCUAGUAAAAAAAAAAAAAAAAACCAACAAACCUGUACUGAAUACUUUAAAUGAUUGUUCUAUUCAGAGUCUGAUCUAGGCAAUGUUCCAAUCAUGCUGUUAAUGUGUAAUUAGAACUGUUCCGGAUGUAACUAUGAACAGUUCUGGAAAGAUAUCAUUGCUUGUACUCCUGUCUAAUGGCAGGUUUUGUAGUCUUCAAAAGAAACUGAAAUUUCUACUAUGAAUAAACUUUCAAACAUCUUAAAAAAUA